UUUACAUAGAAAUUUCCGCAUUUUGAGCUGGGAUCAGUGAAGCUCAACUUGAAGUUUCCCUUGUCCAGUGCAGGUCACUAAAUAAUUACAGGUUAUAAUGUCAAGGUUUCUCCUGAGAGCAAACCUGAGGAGAUGCGUCGCCUCUCAGAUUAGGAUGGCAUCUGAUCAGCUUGGUGAGUUGGGCAAGGGAGCAGGCAAAGGUGGUGGUGGAGGAGGCUCUGUGAGGGAGGCAGGUGGUGCAUUUGGAAAGAGAGAAGUAGCAGAGGAGGAGCGGUACUUCAGGCAGAAGGAGAGGGAGCAGAUGGAGGCACUGAGGAAGCAUCAUACUGAGGAGAUUGAGCACCACAAAAAAGAGAUUGAGCGCCUACAGAAAGAGAUUGACCGUCAUAAGGGCAAAAUCAGAAAGCUGAAACAUGAUGACUGAAGCGGGGAAGCCUGUCAUCAUUUCCAUCCAUCCAUCUUAUUGACAAGUCAAUGAUUAUCAGAUUUUGUUUGGGUUUUACUACUGCUCAAGGCAGGUCCUGUAUUAGAUUUCAUACUGACUGCAUGAAUACUAAAUAACAAUAAAGUACUUAAUUUUUCACAUCUCCAAGAAA